AUGAAGGUGCGGAGCUUCGGGGCCUCUACCAUCUUGGGCCCGGCUCCAACCCAACAACAUUUGCCACAACAACUCAACCCUCCUCAACAACAACAAGCACAAGGCAUAUCUCCGAGUUCUAAUGGAGGGAGUUGUCCGGAGAUCGCAGUCUGCGAGACUCGCCUGGAACGAGUACGCAAACUGCUCAGUUCUCCGUUGACGGCUCGCCGGAAAUCUUCGAAUCCGAAUGAAAUCCACAGAAUCUUCGGAGUCGCUCUCGAGAUCCUCAUGGCGAAAACACAAGCAGUGCCCUUCGUUCUAUCGCGAUUAUGUUUCUUCAUCGAAUCGCGUGGAAUGGCUCAAGAAGGCAUUUUUAGAAUUUCGGGCAACGCCAAGUUGAUCGACAAAUUGAAAGCAUCAUUCGACAGUCAGGGAGACGCUCCCCUGGAGCAAGAGGCUGAUAUAGCCGCAGCCGCUGGACUCCUGAAAACAUUCUUCAGGGAACUACCGGAGCCUCUGAUACCCUCGAAAAUGUACAACCAUUUCCUGGAAGCCACACAGACGACUCAGAGCGACCACGAGCUGCGUCUCGGUCGUUUCCGAGCUCUUGUGGAAGAACUUCCGGAAGAGAACUUCAUGGUCUUACGGUAUCUGUGCAGGUUCUUGCACAAAGUGAGUCAACACGAGGAGACCACCAGAAUGAAUCCGUCGGCCUUGGGCAUCGUGUUCGGUCCGAAUCUCUUUCGGUUCGCCGACGAUCUCCAGGGUCUUCAAGAUCAAGCUACAACGAACCAGGCCGUGACGAUAUUCAUCGCGAAUUACUACGAGAUCUUCGAGCAGCCAUUGACCGUGAUAAUACCUUCCGAUGAUGGAAUUCCUGCUCUGAUGAUCAAUGACGCUCUGUUGACUCAGAAGAGACGUUCCUGUUCCGAAGAACGUCCGCCAUCGCCCGCCCAAUUCCCUAUGGUCAGACUGAGAAGAUGCUCGUCAUCCGAAGACAUGAUCGGCGCCACGGCGAGCUCUCAGAACACGUCUCCCGCAAGCAUGCUCCAGGAUCUCGUGACAGAAGACAAAAUGGACACCGACGGUCACGAUUCGACCUCGUCCCCCGUGAAGUGUCCCCGAGCGAGCGCGGAUUCGCAGGAUGCGCACACUCACACUAUGCCCGCGAUCAACAAGCACACCGCCGACCGCGAGAUAUGCAGGGAUUUUGAAAGGACCUGCUGGCAACCUUGCGGCCGGAAGCGAACGUUUUCCGAUCAGGAGAAACAGCGUCCUGUGAUAAAUGUGAGGAAAAACUCGAAGGAGGGAUCUGAGAAUUCCAGAGCUACCCGAGAACCCUCGACCUCCCAAUCCUCGACAACCUUCAGUGUCUCUACGGAGAGCAUGGAAUUCAUCGACAAAGGUUCAAUCGAGUCGAUGGCGAGUGGGGUGACCCCUUCACCGCCCGCCACCCCGCCGCCUGAAACAGCGAUCCAAGUUCCGCCCUUGGAGUUGAGCCACGAGGAGGAGCCCCAACUCUCGGAGCAUCGCUUCUCGUGGCCGAUCGUACCCGCGCUCGCCGCUCCGACGUCGUUCCACAAAGCGAAUUCGGUCGAGGCUCCGUUGUCUCCAUCUGCGUACAGAGGCUACCUCAGUCAUCGGAAUGACCUCGUCGACGAAAUGCGCUUACCUCCUUCGCCGCCUGUGGGAGAAAACGAUUUCUUGGGAACAACAACACAUUCCAAAACCAGACAGGACCAACGUCAGCUCACGAAGAAAAUGCGCGCCCUCAAGAAGAAAGUCUUGACUUUUGAGGCAUCGUUCGAAGCUACAACCGGUCACAGACCUUCGCAUGCGGAAAAAAUGGGCGACACGCAGUGUAGAGAAUUCCUGCACGAGCUGACCAACAUCCGCAAGGAAAUCAAAGCAUUGCAAAACGAGGAGGAGCUUCUUCCCGAGCCGGCAUAUCUGUCCUGGCAACGGUAUUGUCCGGAUGACGACUGGGAGAAAUCAUCCGAGAACCUGGAGAGAGCCUUCAACGACACACUCAGCAUCCUCGCCGAGAAACGGCGUUCGGCACGUCGACCCGAGCGAGUGGAGGACAUGACCCGGGAGCAGGUUGUUGAAGAGAAAUUGUGCAUUCAGAAAGCUUUGCUCAGGUUCGAAAGCGUUCACGGACGUCCAACAUCGAGGGCCGACCGUAAUUUGAUGCGACCCUUGUACGACCGAUAUAGAAACGUCAAACGAAUCAUCGGCGGAAGUCCGUUCCAAGCAGGACUGGGACAGUCCAAAGAAGACGCUCUCCAACCAAUUCCCGAACAUGUGCAAAUGGAAUUCAACUCCCGUCAGAAUGAAUAUGGAACGGCUAAAGAGAUUGCACCCGAACUCCAGAACGGGUCGACGCCUGCUCCUCAAGUCGCCGAAGCCAACUCUCCUGUUAUCGAAAAUCGUCCCGAUUCCGAGAACCAAUCAUGCAACCUGCACGAGCUGCCUCUGCGGGAACUCCUGCAGGAACAGUGCAAAGCCCGCUUGGAAAAACGUCGCCUGCGCGGGAUUCUCCGACAAUUCGAAAAAGAGUUUUACUUGGCCAGCGGUCGCAAAGUUCAACGAGAGGAUCGUGCGCCGAUGGAAUCGACUUACGUGCAAUAUAAGCACAUCAAGGCAAAGCUGCGAUUGAUGGAGGCGCUGGUUUUCAAGCACGAGAACCAGCCGAAAUGUUGACUUCCAGGAACCGGUCUGAACACGGACGAACCAGACGGAAAUACCAGGUCGACGACCCCGGUCGCGACGUUCUCGUCGGUGAUUAGGUACAAGGCGGGGAACGGUCGAAUGACAAUUUUUACGCAUGCAUUUGGGAAUUCAUAAAUCCGCUAGAUAUCUUACCUGAGAGAUCUCUGUACAGUGAAUUCAGUCAUCCAAACUAUCAGUUGUUGCUAGCUGCGAAUUAUGAGACUUCAUAUAAUCUCCCCAAGAGAUCUCGAUGAUAAUCUCGGAAUGAUAGAUACGUGGAACACUGAGGAAAUCGUCCUAUGAGCAAUCUCCCGAGACGGAAAAACGGAAUGAGAGAAUCAGAAGUCCGAAUGGCACGAGUGAUUUUCUGAAAUUCUCGAGUUAUUCGGCAUGGAAGAGGAUCAUACCGACGAAUAAAUAAUCUUCAGGAGCGUCCGAACUCUGAAAAACCUUUCGAAACAACCGAUUCUCCCGAAAUGGAUGAGUGGUUGAGAAAUUACAAAACGGAUUGUAGACGAGCUAGUGACAGCCGCCUCCUUAUUCCCGUCUUAUGUCUUGACGAUCGUAAUUCGAGGCGAUUUAGUUGGGAGUCUGUUGCUCAUUCGCUUUCUCAUCUCGCAAUCUCGCAUUAUGCUGUCUAUCUGUCUAGUGAGGGAGUAUUCUUUAUUGAGCGAGGAGAGAGGAACGGUUCAUGUGUUAUGAAGGAAAACAAGUGCCGGACACGGGAUUCUCUUGGGAACGUUCCAAUCUAGUGAUUUUCAGCAAGAGCUGCAAUAAGAUACACGCUUCGGAUCAAAAGAUGAUUCUGCAUGGUACAAACUAUGACGACUCCCUGAGACGCGGACGUAGGGUCUCGAACACUAGGAUAAGAAUAUCCGGGAACGGCCCUCUCUACCUCGAUGUCCACUAGACGUUGACGAAGAGCGUCGCAUCUCGGAUAUACAUACAUGCAUAGUAUACAUACAUUCAUCUAUGUCUACAUACGUCUAUGUAUACACUAUCCGCAUGCAUGAACUAUAAAUAUAUAUUCAGAAUGGAUGAUGCUUCUGAUGUUGUCUUCGUGGCGGAUCGAUCAUGCACAUGUCGAUGAUCUCGACACGAAGCAUCCCGUUGUUCAAUAGCGACAGAUUCGUACAGAAAGCGCCGCGCCGUAAUACUCGCGUGAGUUCAAGUCGCUU